CUAAAUCACAAGCAUCACCAACCCAAAAAUAGUACUUGGUAGUUUUUACAACUUCUCUUGAAAAUCAUCUCCUGAAAAAGCAUCUCCUAUUCUCCUUCCAUUUCAUAGCAUCAUCAACCGUAAAAGCUAGAAACAGAAUCAAAUGGCAACAAUGGCGAUGAUGAAGAAACCAAUAUCUGGUGGGCUUAGAAUCGCAGCAUCAAGGGCUUAUGCAUCUCUUGCAGUGGGAUCUGACAUUGUCUCGGCCGCACCCAAUGUUUCCCUUCCUAAGGCUUGCUCCUACGAUGAAGGAGUCUCUUCCAAAUUCGCCACUACACCUUUGCAAGACAUUUUCAAGGGGAAGAAAGUUGUCAUCUUUGGCGUCCCUGGUGCGUUUACUGGAGUUUGUUCUGCUCAACAUGUUCCCAGCUACAAGACUAACGUUGACAAAUUCAAAGCUAAAGGGAUUGAAUCUAUAGUUUGUGUUUCCGUAAAUGAUCCUUAUGUGAUGAAUGGAUGGGCUGAGAAACUAGAAGCAAAAGAUGCUAUUGAAUUUUAUGGGGACUUUGAUGCAAGCUUUCACAAGAGCUUGGACUUGACAAUAGACCUCUCUGCUGCUUUGCUUGGAACUCGCUCUCACAGAUGGUCAGCUUAUGUGGAGGAUGGGAAAGUUAAGAUUUUUAAUGUCGAAAAAGCUCCAUCUGAGUUCAAAGUCUCUGGCGGCGAUCAUAUGCUUGCUCAGAUCUGAAUGUGUUUGGAUUCAUCUUGUGCUCUUAAAAGUCUAAAUAAGUUGCAAUAAUGUAAUUAUGCAACAUUAAGUUUUUUCACUGUAACUCAGUAGGACGUUACAAAUACAAUUUUCCGAUGUUGCUUAGUUUGCAGUUUGCGGGUUUGGUUGGUCUGUUUGGGGUAGUUUGUUAUGAAUAUGGUCAAUGUUGCCCAUGAUCCUCAUGUUGCAGGAGAUUAAUUAGAUCUUUCACUUUGAUGUGGAUAAAUUAGUGAGUGCUGAGAGGAUCCUUGGCUUGGAUCCUUCACUUUGAUGUAGAUAACUUAGUGAUAAUUCUGCUCGCUUUGCUAAUGCACAGCGAUGCAGCAGAGAGGCUCCAAUGUUCCAUGUCUAGUGAAGACGACAAUCUUUACGGCUUUUGGAUUAGAUGGUGAUAAAGGACAAUAAUGUAGAUAAAUUUUACAUUUAAUUUGUAAAAUAAAGUGUUACAAUGUGGUAACUUUACUCUUUCCCCUUAAAUAUUUUUUUUACAA